UUUCUUUACCCACACACACAAAAAAAAGCCAUGAAAUACAAUGAGAUAUCCCAUUUCAGCCACCCUCAACACACACUUACAUUCGACUACACCGAAACCCCAUUCAAGUGCGACGGGUGCAAAGAAGUCGGCAUCGGCUCACAUUACCGAUGUUCCUUUUGCGAUUUCGAUCUCCACACACACUGCGCCAUACCUUCUCUUUCAAUCCACCACCCUUUUUACACCAAAUGUUCCUUCCAAUUCUUCUCGAGACCACCCGGCAACACACCUCGUUAUUGCAACGCUUGUGAAAAAGACGUUACCGGGUUCGUUUACCAUUGUAAGUCAUGCGGGUUCGAUCUUCACCCAUGUUGCGCGAAGUUACCGAUGGUAUUAGACGACGGAGAAACGAAUUUGUAUUUGUAUAGGAAAGUGAGGGCACCAUGUCAUAAAUGUGGACGUAAAGGGAGGAGUUGGAGUUAUAGGUCCAGUUGUAAGAAAUAUAAUUUGCAUGUUGCAUGUGUUAGGGAAAUGUUAGUGGAAAAUUGGCAUGAAUUGUAUUUUGGAUAUGGAAAGGGUAUUAAGAAACUGGAAAAUAGAAUCCCAAGUUUGAAAAACACAUUGCAAACACCACAUAAGAGAAGGAAAGGAAAAGUAAAGAAAUGUUGUGAAAUGGCUGGUCUGGCUUUACAAUUUGUGAUAUCAGCUGUGCUUGGGGAUCCCACAAGUCUUAUUGCUGGAGUUAUUGGAACAUUGAUGUCGUGAGGUUGAUUGUAAAUUAUGGGGGUUUCUAACUGUUUGUUGUCUUGCCUGGUUUAGUUCAAGUUCAUGUAGGUGUUUGUGUAAGAAAAAAGAACAUGACGAGAGUAGAAUGUUUAGCUUUUGGAUACCUGAAGCUCAUGCUUUUACCUGUCAUCUGUUCGUGAAUAAAUUCUCUGCAUGGUAACUCACUUUCAUGAAAAUAUCAUUUUCUUUAGAA